UUUGGUAAACAAAUCGGGUAAGUCUCUGAUUAAAGUCACACACAAAAAUGAUAUUCAUGCACAUCUAAGCAAUGGUACUGAAUAUCUGAAAACCAAAAAGAUGCCUUUGCCAGACUACAUUUACCGUGUGUUGAGAGAUGACGAAAAUACAGCAGAAGGUCUUAAAGCCAGAAAUCCCGAGGCAAACAUAACUCCAAGCUCGCACAUUGCGGGCAAGAAGGUUUCUCAAUAUAUUUCGACUACUGCCACUCUUGGAGCUGCGAAGACGUUUUUAGGUCUGUCUAAAGCCCGGAACAAGAAAAAGAAAAUUGUUCAGAAGACAUACAGAAUCGUAAAAAUAAAUGUUAAGAAGCUGACGAAUGUCGAAAUUAUUGAUCUCUCAGAUCCUGCUGUGUUGGAUAAGCAUUUACCAACAGAUCCAUGGCCAGAGAAGCCGAAAAAAAACAGUAUGUUUCGUAACUGGGCGACAAAAUACGGAGAAGUGCUUGUCGCAGGCACCAUACCCGCCAAAUGUAUCGAGACUAUACUAGAUGAAGUGGCAUCAGAUAACUAUGAUCCGUCAGACUAUUCAGAAUCCGAGGAUUUGGUUUCUUCCUUGUCGGAUGACAUGUCGGCACUUAGCGUAAAAAAAUAAACUUUUAGUACAUGUUCACGUCCAGUUAUAAUCUUUCUGCUAUGGACGAAACACAUGUUUCCAUUGCCUUGAACUUAUACAAUAAAUCUUGUUAAACAAAUUCAAUCGGAAAAGGACACGGACAAAUAUAAUAUAUGAUUUUGACUUGAAAGUGAAAUUACAGAUGGUUUAAUUUUUAAAUCAGCUAUAUUUCUGUAGUGCUAUUAAAAGUAUUGUGAUAUAUGGUAAUCUUAAAUAUCAAUUGUUCUAUG